CUUUUCCCACUUGAACAAAUUGACAAAAGAGAAAUCAAACUUUUAAUAACAAAACUUCAUCAAAUUGUCCAUUCAAGAUUCUUUGAUUUUCUGUUUCUUUCUAAUUUCUUUGAUUUUCAAAGAAUCCAAACUGCGAAUUUGGUUUGUGAAAGAGAUCGAUGAUAUUACUGCAAUCUCCCUCUAGAUAUCUUCUUCAGAUCUUGUACAAUCGCGUCCAGAGUCUUGAGAAAGGGGUUGAACUGGACAGCCAAUGGGUUGAAUUUGAUGAUAUCCGUUACCAUAUUCAGGGUUCAGUGAAAAAUCCAAAUGUCUUGCUUCUUUCUGUAUCAUUGCCCAUACCACCUCCAGAAACUGUCCUCUUUGGUGGACUUCCACUUGGAGCGCUAGAAGCCAUAAAAGCAGCAUAUGGUGCAGUUGCACAAAUUCUUGAUCCUCCAAGAGAUGGGUUUAAUCUCACACUUAAACUAAACUUGUCAAAACUUCCCCCAGAUGAAGAGCAAAAACAUGCACUCCUGACAAAGAUUGCAUCGGUGAGGGAGGUAGUAAUGGGAGCCCCACUGAGGGCAGUUUUGAAACAACUUGUUACAAGGACAGUUCCUUCCGAUCUAGGCAAGCCCGUUGCCCUGGUUCAUCGUCCUAACGAGUCUUUUUUCCUUGUACCUCAGGCAGACAAGGUGACCGUCAUAUUUCCUAUGAGAUUUAAUGAUUCCAUAGAUACUGUUCUAGCAACAUCUUUCUUACAGGAAUUUGUUGAGGCAAGACGAACUGCUGGACUUAAUAAUGCCCCUCCUUGUUUGUGGUCUCCUUCUCCUCCUCAAGAACUGACAGAAGCUUUUACAGAAGCAUUAUCUGCUAAUGCCGGAUUUGUUAGUUUUGUAAUUUUUUCUCGCCACGUGGAAGGCAGAAAGCUGGACAGAACUGUCUGGAACCUAUCAACCUUUCAUGCUUAUGUAAAUUAUCAUGUUAAGUGUUCUGAAUGUUUCAUGCAUACUCGGAUGAGGCGUCAGGUGGAGUCAUUAAUACAGGCACUUGACCGUGCCAAACCAGAUCCCGAGAAGGCCAAGAAAAAUUCACCUAACAGAUCAUUUAAACGAAUGACCCUCAAGGAUGGCAAUAACAGUUUGGGUUCACGAAGUUGGAAGUAGAAAAUCCGAGAAUUGAAAAGGUUACUUGGCCUGAAAUCAUCGUAAACGCAGCUUCUUCUCUAAUAAACUCCAUUUUAUCAUCGUGUUCAUGUUUAUAGUUGUCGUUGUAAAUCUUAUUGAAUUGUCUUCGGCGUUAGAUUUGAACUUAGCCAUCUUUGCUGAAGCUUCAAGUUUUGGUUAGCAGAUUGCAUUCGUUUAGUUCUGCAAAGUAGUGUAAAGAUUGCUUUGUAACAACUUGCAAUAUUCCCAUUUUAUAAAGUUGCAUUUUUGCUUAUGCUCUAAAA